GGCGGUCUUCCUUCUUGACUUCUGGAAGCAAAGCACGACACGAGUGCACUGCACUGUGUCAUUCGUUUUCGACGACGAUCCUCUUGCUCUGACAAAUUUUCAUGUGAACUCGCACGUUCGCCACCUUUGACCGUUCCAAAGCUCAGGUGUUCAUGAAUGAAAAUCUUGUCGUCGGGUGCGACGAUUGGAUCAACCUCUCUGACCAUUCAAUGCAUCACAUCACGAACCGCAAUCUCUCUCUAUCUCCACCACCACGCGAAAAAGGGCCUUGCGAUGCGCUUCCCACUUCGCAAUUUUGCAGCUCCACGGAAUGCCAACCUCCUCUCUCCAUCAAAGCCAUGGUGUUUCCCGUGUUUCUGGCUUUCUGUUGCUUUCUUGGAUCGUCGCUGGCACAAGCCACGGACACUCUGUCGGCCAACCAGACGCUGCAGGAUGGACAAACCUUGGUUUCAUCUGGGCAAGUCUUUGAAUUUGGCUUCUUUAGUCCUAACAACACGACUGCCAGGUAUUUGGGGAUUUGGUACAAGAACAUACCUCUCGAAGUCGCUUGGGUGGCCAACAGGAACAACCCAAUCACCAAUUCCUCAGCAGAAGUGGCACUGAACUCGCAAGGGUCGGUGUCUCUCCAAAAUGGGUCCACAAAUUACUGGUCUGUGACCCCAGUUGGGGCUGUGAAUGAGCCGUUCUUGAGGCUCCUGGACAAUGGCAACCUCGUUUUGAGUGAUGCAAGUGUUUCUGAUGAUUCGGGGAACUAUCUCUGGCAGAGCUUUGAUAACAUAACUAACACUUUGCUGCCGGAGAUGAAACUGGGGUGGAAUUUGAGGACCGGUUUGAAGCGGAACAUGACUUCGUGGGUCUCGGCAACCGAUCCGUCGAGCGGCCUAUACACGUUUAGCCUCGAGCCGCCCGAUGCUCCACAGUUGAUUCUAUGGAAAGGGAGCCAGAAGCAGUAUCGAUGGGGGCCCUGGAAUGGAGAGAGGUUCAGUGGGAGUAAUGAGCUCAAGGCCAAUCCGGUCUUCGAUCCGAUGUUCAAUUCUAGCCCUGAAGAGGUGUAUUACACAUACACGGUGGUUGAUAAUUCGACCCUAUCGAGAUUCGUCGUGACCCCGGAGGGUGCGAUUCAAUAUCUCGCUUGGAUGGACAAUCAAUGGACGAAUUUGGUUACUCUACAGAGGGAUUAUUGUGAUAAUUAUGGCAUCUGCGGGCCAUAUGGAACUUGCUAUGAUUCCUCUGAUGCAAAUUGCAGGUGCUUGAAGGGGUUCCAGAAAAACGAUUCAAACCCCCUUGAUUGGACCGGCGGGUGCUCCCGGACAAGGGGUUUGAGUUGUGGAAAUGGUGACGGCUUUGUGAAGUACAAGGGUUUGAAGCUGCCAGAUAAUUCGCAUCUGUUGGGGAAUAGGACCUCGAGCCUUGAGGAAUGCGAGACGGCAUGUUUGAAGAAUUGUUCUUGCAUGGCAUUCACUAGGGUAGAUGUCCACGGGAAUGGCGGGGAUUGUCUUUUGUGGUUUGGGGAUUUGGUUGACAUGAAGAACUAUCCUUCAGGCGGAGAUGUGAUAUAUAUACGAAUGGCACGAGCAGAGAUAGAUGCAAUCGCUCGAGCUAAGAGGAGAAGGCGUAUAAUUACCGUCAGCAUCUCUGUAUCGAUUGUAUGCGGAAUGCUUAUAUUAGCAUUCAUUGGCUGGUACGCUCUCCGAAGAAGCAAAGAGAGGACGAGAGAGGAUAUGCUGAUUUAUCGAGAUUCAGGAGAUGGUGGUCCGGAGGAAGACCUUGAAUUACCCCUUCUUGAUUUCGUUGCGGUUGCUGAUGCCACUAGCAAUUUCGCUUUCCAAAACAAGGUUGGACGGGGCGGGUUCGGUGAAGUAUACAAGGGUGUAUUACCUACAGGACAAGAUGUUGCCGUGAAGAGGCUCUCACUGACCUCUGGGCAGGGCCUGAAAGAGUUCAAGAACGAGGUCAUACUGAUUGCCAAACUUCAACACCGGAAUCUUGUGAAGCUCUUAGGAUGCUGCAUUCAUGGAGAUGAAAGAAUGCUAAUCUACGAGUACUUGCCGAACAAAAGCUUGGACCACCACCUUUUUGAUCCAAAUAGACGUAAACUUGUGACCUGGAAGACACGCUUCAGCAUUAUCAUGGGGAUUGCACGUGGACUUCUCUAUCUCCAUGAAGACUCCAGGCUGAGAAUUAUCCACCGAGACCUCAAACCGAGCAACAUCUUACUAGACAGUGAGAUGAAUCCUAAAAUCUCAGAUUUUGGAAUUGCAAAAAUAUUUAAUGGAGAAAAUACCAGAGAAAUGACCAAUAGGAUAGUUGGCACAUACGGUUAUAUGUCUCCCGAGUAUGCAAUGAAAGGCCACUUUUCAGUAAAAUCAGACAUAUUUAGUUUUGGCGUACUGUUACUGGAGAUUGUAAGCGGCCACAAGAAUUGGGGAUUUUAUCACCCGGACCAUGACCUCAAUCUCGUGGGACAUGCAUGGAAACUGUGGACCGAGGGGAAUCCACUUGGACUAGUAGAUACCCUGAUGGGGGAAGAAUUUCCCUUCAAGGAAGUGAUGAGGUGCAUCCAGGUAGGACUAUUGUGCGUGCAGCAGCGACCCGAAGACCGGCCGACGAUGUCAUUGGUCGUGCUUAUGUUGGGCAGCGAGACUUCUGACAUUCCUGAACCUAAGGAACCGGGAUUCAGUGCUGAGAGCUUCGCUAUGAGCACCGACUCAUCCUCAAGUGUCCAAAGACUUCACUUUUCCAGUGAUAUAACCAUCACAGCUCCGGAGAGUAGAUGAGAAGAAUACUCGAGUGAUGAGAAGAGUUACACUUGAUACAUACGUUUAUCCACGAAAAGAAUGUAGGGCGCAGAUGUGUACAGAUACUUCAUUUUUUUUCUUUUUUUGUUAUAAUUUGAUGCAUAAGAUUUGGAU